AAACACUGAUCAAACCAUGAAAGAUAACAUAACAAGAUGACUACUGCAAAUAGUCACGCUGGUUUGCUAGUCUUGGGAGGCCUUUGGCGUGUUUUGCAGAGGAUUCUGGUGUGCUCUUGCCUGGGGAUGGAAGAGACAUCGAUCUGUGGACUCAGAAUAGCAAUCCAAGAAGGCAUUUGGGAGAAUUUUGCUAGCCCAACCCCUGGUGUUUCACAGAUGAAGAAACUGAGGCCCUGGAGACUGUCCAGGGGGUCACAGCAAGUUGGGGCAGAGUUAGACCUGUCUCCUAGCCCGCAGUGUGGGCUCAUUGCGCCACACUGGGGUCGCGGUAUUUUUAGCAGCUUAAAUAAGAAGAGAUGAUUAGUGUCCUUGGUGAAGUUUUCUCAUCCAGGUUGAAACACCCAGAGAGCGACCUCAAGGCCAGAGAAUGGCAGGUGAACAGAAGCCCUCGAGCAACCUCCUGGAACAGUUCAUCUUACUGGCCAAAGGGACUAGCGGCGCAGCACUCACUGCUCUCAUCAGCCAAGUCCUGGAGGCUCCCGGGGUGUAUGUCUUUGGAGAACUGCUGGAGCUGGCUAAUGUGCAGGAGCUCGCAGAAGGAGCCAAUGCCGCCUAUUUGCAGCUGCUGAACCUGUUUGCAUAUGGGACAUACCCAGACUACAUAGCCAACAAGGAGAGCCUUCCUGAACUGAGCGCAGCUCAGCAGAACAAGCUGAAGCACCUCACCAUCGUGAGCUUGGCGUCCAGAAUGAAGUGCAUCCCCUACUCCGUGCUGCUCAAGGACCUGGAGAUGCGGAACCUGCGGGAGCUGGAGGACCUCAUCAUUGAGGCUGUCUACACGGACAUCAUCCAGGGCAAGCUGGACCAGCGCAACCAGCUGCUGGAGGUGGACUUCUGCAUCGGCCGUGACAUCCGAAAGAAGGACAUCAGCAACAUCGUCAAGACUUUGCAUGAAUGGUGUGAUGGCUGCGAGGCCGUUCUGCUGGGCAUCGAGCAGCAAGUUCUGAGAGCCAACCAGUACAAGGAGAACCACAGCCGCACCCAGCAGCAGGUGGAGGCAGAGGUGACAAACAUCAAGAAGACACUCAAAGCCACCGCAUCAUCCUCGGCUCAGGAGAUGGAGCAGCAGUUGGCUGAGCGGGAGUGUCCCCCCCACGCUGAGCAGCGCCAGCCCACCAAGAAGAUGUCCAAAGUGAAAGGCCUGGUCUCCAGCCGCCAUUAGGGCCAUCUCGGGCAGCUGGCACUCACCAGGCCUAGGGCAGGGGCAGGUGGGGAGGUGACAAGUGGGGCCAUGUCCCUCUCCCUUCCACCUUCAGUGAGUUCUAGUCCUGCCUGCUCCCACCAGCGCCUCCCCUGUUGGUACUGCUCCAGAAGAACCGUUAACUCCCGCCCCUUCUGUCCCUCCCUCCCUGGUUGUCCCCUUCAGUCUCAGGGGCUCCACUGAUGCCACCCUUGUGGGGGCAGAUACUGACUGCCUGGCGCCCCCCAGAAGGCUCUCGUCUCUGCCUGAGGGCUUGCCUCCCCCAUUUAUCCUGGGCUCCAUGUCAGUGUAUCAGGUGGGCCCCGGGGGGAUGGCUUUGCAGGAGGCCCUUUCUUCUUUAUGGGGGCUGGCAGGGGCACCCACUCCCACCCACGUGCUGAAUCCCCACCGAGGUCAGCACCUUGCCAGUAUCUGUGUCCUCCUCCCUCCCCUGCCGCUCCUGGCCGCAGGGUUCAGUGCCACGGGUGCCCAGCCUCAGGUGCAGCUCUGCUUCCUGAGUGUGUUAGGCUGGUAGACCUCUGCUUUCUGGGUGCCCAGGCAAGCUGCCAGGGGCAGGCCGUGCAGCAGGAAUCUCCUCUGACUUGGUGUCCUUACCGAGCCGAAGGCCCAACACCACCACUGUGCUGCCAGCAUUUGUUUUCCCAAGCCACUUCGUUCCCGGUGGGGCCGCUGCUCCUCCCCGGGGUGCAGGGCCACUGCUGCUUCUGUUUCUCUGCCCCCCUCGUCUGGCACCCCAGAGCCUGCUGAUUCUGGCAGGAGAAAAGGACUUGACCAGUUUCUCUGAACUCCAGCAGUUUCAUGUUAUCUCUUAUUAUUAUUUUUUUUUUGUACAGGUUCCGAUUCUAAUACAUUUCAACAUGAUUUUUUUUUUUUUCC